AUGCUCAUCUUCCACACACAGACCAGUGAACAGGUGCCACUUCAGUCACAUGGUGUGACAACAGUGUUUGUGGAGGCAGGAAACACAAAGUUUGAGCUAUUACGUCCACUUGGAGAGAAGAGUCCUAUUGCUAGUUACCUGGAGAAAAAUCCAGAUGGUGGCAUGCACCACAUCUGCCUGGAGGUAGAUGAUAUCUGGGCAGCCAUUGAAGACCUCAAAAAGAAGAAUGUACGAAUGUUAUCUCCAGAGCCUACUCCAGGAGCUCAUGGGAAGCUUGUUAUGUUUCUGCAUCCAAAGGACUGUGGCGGCGUCCUGAUUGAGCUUGAACAGGCCUAA